AUGGCGGCAGCGCGAGAGGAGCGGCAAGUGGUUUUUGGAGAGGGAGAGGGGGAAGAAGAAGCGGUGCAGCGGCGACAGCAGAUACGCGCCCUGUUCGACGAGUUCGACCGGGACAAGAGGGGACGGCUGACUCUGAGCCAGUUCGAGCAGGGGCUCAAGCGUGAGGGCCUCUGGCACCGCAUCCGCGACGACGCCCACCUGCGGCGCGUGUGGAAUGCGACGAGGCUGGACCCGUCCGAUGAGGCGGGAAUGGACUUUGGCGAGUUCUACAACAUCAUGGUUGAGCACUACCAGAUUCUCCCCCACGCGCACCUGGUCGAAGUCUUUGAAGAUUGGCUCAGCUUUGGCGAGAAGCUGUCCAACCUGCCGGCCGAGGCUGUGGCGGGCAAGAGCCGCAACCCGUGGCGCUACCUGGUCUACGGCGCCGUCUCAGGAGCCGUCUCCCGAACCGUCACCGCACCGCUCGAGCGACUCAAGAUUCUCAACCAGGUGCAAUACCUGAGCAAGGGCGCAGGCCCGCAGUACGGCGGGGUGUGGAGCGCGCUGGUGGCGAUGGGGCGGAACGAGGGAUGGCGGGGCUAUUUCAAGGGCAACGGGGUGAACAUCCUUCGCAUCAUGCCCUCCUCCGCCGCGCGCUACUACGCCUACGAGGCCCUCAAGCGGGCUCUGCACCCCGAGAAUGGGCAACCGACGGCCGGCGUGCGGAUGCUGUCGGGAGCCCUGGCCGGCAUCUUUGCCACCGGGUCCACCUACCCUCUGGUCUGUCUUUCCUUCGGAGACUUGGUGCGGACGCGGCUCGCGGCUCAGACCGCGUCGGCCAAGUACAAAGGGCUCAUGGAUGCCACUCGCACCAUCGUCAAGGAGGAGGGCGUCGCCGGCCUCUACAAGGGCUUGUGGACCUCCUGCCUCGGCGUGGCGCCGUUCGUGGCGAUCAACUUCACGAGCUACGAGAUGUUGCGGCAGUGGGCGAUCGACGCGCGGCAGGGCGAGAAGCCCAGCCUGUUCAUGAACCUGUCCAUCGGCGCGCUCGCGGGCACCAUCGCCAUGAGCAUCACCUACCCCAGCGAACUCCUGCGACGGCGCAUGAUGCUCCAGGGAAUCGGAGGCGCUGAGCGCGAGUAUAAGGGCAUCACGGACGCGGUGGUGAAGAUCGCCAGGAACGAGGGCGUGGCGGGCUUUUACCGAGGCAUUGUGCCGUGCUAUCUCAAGGUGGUCCCCUCGCAAGCCGUCAGCUGGGGCAUGCUCGAGCUCUGCAAGAAGCUCGCUGGCGAGUAA